GGCGACAUGGCGGCCGCGCUCGUGGUCGUGUUGGGGCUCGUGCUGCUGGGCGGCGAGGGUGGCUCCGCUCAAGAGAGCAGGAUCACGACUUCCGUCGCUGAGGUCGGCUCCAAGACCCAGCUCAACUGCACGCUGAACAGCAGCUCCACAGAGGUCACCGGCCACCGCUGGCUGAAGGGCGGCCGGGUGCUGAGGGAGGACGCGCUGUCGGGGCUGAGCACAGUGGUGGACGUGGACGCGGAGGACCGCCCGGGGGACUACUCCUGCCUCUUCCUCCCGGAGCAGCUGGGCAGGAGGGACGCUCCUGCCCCGCCCGCAGGGCCCCCCAAUAUUAAGGCCGUGAAGAAGUCGGAGCACGCCACCGAGGGGGAGACGGUCGUGCUGGCCUGCAAGUCGGACUCGUCCCCGCCGGUCACCAGCUGGGUGUGGUACAAGCUGAGCGAGUCCGGGGACCAGGUCAUCGCCAACGACUCCCAGGGCAGGUUCCUGGUGGUGGACUCGGGGACCAGGACAGAGCUGCGCAUCUCUGACCUGGACCAGGAGGUGGACCCCGGCCAGUACGCCUGCAACGGCACGAGUGCGGCCGGCAGCGGCCAGGCCGUUAUCUCUCUGCGCGUGCGCGACCGCUUCGCCGCGCUCUGGCCCUUCCUGGGCAUCGUGGCCGAGGUCCUCGUGCUGGUCACCAUCAUCUUCAUCUAUGAGAAGCGGCGGAAGCCGGACGAGGUCCUGGACGAUGAGGACGCGGGCUCCGCUCCGCUGAAGAGCAGCGGGCACCACGUAAACGACAAAGACAAGAACGUGCGCCAGAGGAACGCCAGCUGAGCGGCGGGUGAGCCGCGGGGGGGAGGGGGCGGGGGGGGGCUCCU